AUGCCGAGGGAAGAGGGACAGAAGGCGGACUGUGUGCGCUCCUAUGGGAUGAAGCUCAGUUGGGACAUCAACGACCCGCAGAUGCCUCAGGAACCAGCUCACUUUGACCACUUCUGCGAGUGGCCAGAUGGCUACGUGCGCUUCAUCUAUCGCAGCGAUGAGAAGAAGGCUCAGCGCCACCUGAGCGGCUGGGCCAUGCGCAACACCAACAACCAUAAUGGCCACAUCCUCAAGAAGUCGUGCCUGGGUGUAGUGGUGUGUGCACAGGCCUGUGCCCUGCCGGAUGGCUCCCGCCUGCAGCUGCGGCCUGCCAUCUGUGACAAGGCGCGCCUGAAGCAGCAGAGGAGAACAUGCCCAAACUGCCAUUCCACUUUGGAACUGAUUCCCUGUCGAGGGCACAGUGGAUACCCUGUAACCAACUUCUGGAGGCUUGAAGGCAAUGCCAUAUUUUUUCAGGCCAAGGGAGUUCAUGAUCACCCAAGACCAGAGAGUAAAUCAGAGACAGAAGCUAGGAGGAGUGCCAUCAAGAGACAAAUGGCCUCUUUUUAUCAACCCCAGAGAAAGAGAGUUCGAGAACCGGAGGCAGGAGAGGAUCAAGACAACAGUGGACAUUUCAACAACAUAUCUGCCUUGGAAAAUAUAGAAGAAUUUGAUAUGAUUACUGAUACUGGCUUUCCAAUGGUAGGGCAGUCUUGCAUUUCCUUUCCAAACUCUGAUAAUUGCAAGACUACCUGUGACCUGGCCACCUUUCAAGGAGACAUAAUGCCACCCUUUCAGAAAUAUCCAAACCCAAGAAUCUAUUUGCCUAAGCCACCUUGCAGCUAUGAAUGGACAGGUCCUGGAUAUACAAAUUUGAGCCCAUAUUCCAGCAAUAAUGCUAAUGACACAGACUGGGUUCAUCUGAAUGCACUACAAUAUAACAUCAAGUCAUGCAGCAGCUUCCAGAGAAGCUGUGACUUCACCAGUAAACAACACGGCUGGAAACCAGCUCUUGGAAAACCUGGUCUUGGGGAGAGGACUGACCUUAGACAGUUCCAGGCCAUAGCUAGUCGCCACUACUAUAACCCCGAGCUUCCCUGCAGGUACCUCCCCACUCCCUCACCAGGUGCUCCUGCCCUACAGACCGUGAUCACCACCACCACCAAAGUGUCCUACCAGGCCUACCAGCCCCCUGCUCUGAAAUACUGUGAUGACAUGCGGGAAGCUAAGAGCCUUUCAGGCUGUAACUAUGCUCCUGAAAAUGCCCCGAUGUCCAUCUAUCCAGAAGGCUUGGACCCUCCAGCUGCAGUCACCAAGACAGCCUCUCCAUCAAUGUCACUUUCUUUGAAAAUUCCAGGAGAUUGCAGGGCCGUCAGACCUACUGUGGCAUUUCCUCAAGAGUCAGCUUCCUCCAAGACAGACAGAGCAGAGACCUGGGAUGUGUAUGCAUCUGAAAUGGGGUCUACACUCAGUUAUUCAGAUCGAGUUAGUCCAUUCUUUGGCUAUGACAAUGAGGACUUUUAA